AUGGAUACAUGUAACUAUUGCCAAUCAAAUUCGCCGCUGGAAACGCUUUGGGUACAGUGCGAUCUGUGUCCGCAAUGGGUCCACGUCUCGUGCGUACCUAUUAAAUGUAUUUAUUACGGACCUUCGAAGAUACCACAACGACAGGUUUCCGAGUAUCCAAAGGUGUCAAAAGACAUAGCUGGCUUCCACUGUAGCAAUCAUGGUUCCGAAGGGAAACUUUAUGUCAAGGCCGCCAAAAUGAAGAGAAGGAGAAGCAGUGAUGAUCAGAAAACAGUAAACUCGCCGAAAAAGCGAUAUAGUCUAAGAAGCAGGCAACAAAUCGACUACAUUGCACUCAACGAAGGCGACGAUGUCAAGCUCAAGCACAUACACCCACAUACGGAUGCCUUUCUGGAUUGCUUCAAGCGUUGGGAGAAUACAACAAACUUCAUAACAGCGAAGAACUUCCAUGACAAGUUUGCGAGCCUGCGGGAACCCCUGAAAAUUAUAGAUCCUCAGAACUCCGGCAUGAAAACACCGAAGUCGUCUGAAGGACAGCCGUUAACCGUCGAGGAAAUUAGUCUUAUCCUUGGCGAUGACUAUCCUGUGGAUGUGAUGGAUGUUCAGACGCAGCAGAACGAAAGAUGGACAAUGUCACGAUGGAACCAAUAUCUCACACAAACCAAAGCCGAAAGCAGAGACCGGGUGCGAAACGUGAUAUCUCUAGAGGUGUCGCACAUAAAGAAUUUGAAUAUUGAGAGACCGAUAGCCGUGGAGGAGAACGAUCUAGUGAACGUAAUAUGGAGAUCGAUGGGUCAUGGAGACGAGAAACCAAAGGUAACUAGAUAUGUUCUCAUGUCAGCAGGGAAUUCCUAUACAGAUUUUCAUUUGGACUUCGCUGGCACUUCUGUAUACUAUAACUUAAUCUCGGGCAAUAAAAAGUUUAUUCUGUUCCCUCCGACGGAGUCCAAUUUGAAGAAGUACGCGGACUGGUGCUGCGACAUAAAUCAGAGUGCCAUUUUUCUGGGAGACUUGCUGACCGACGGUGUCGCCAUGGAGCUGCGAGCGGGCGAUCUUUUCAUGAUUCCCUCCGGAUUCAUCCACGCAGUAUACACACCAGUGGACUCGCUUAUCAUUGGGGGUAAUUUUCUAACAGUACGUGAUAUUGAGACACAGCUAGAAGUCGUUCGUCUGGAGAGAAUGACCAAAGUACCGAAGAGAUUCACGUUUCCCAACUUCGACCUCGUCAUGGGCAAAUGCUGCGAAUGGUUCCUAUCCGCGGCAGAAACAGAUGAAGAGGCUGAUCGGAACCUUAGAGAUUUGAUCUCACCAAAGGCUUUACAUGCCCUUAUUAGAUACAUGGAAGAUCCGACGACGAAAUACAAGCCGAUUCACCAGCCUUCCAAAAGAAUGCUGAUAAAACGACUUCAGGAGCUCAAUAGAAUCUGA